UUUUUUUGUUGUAGUCCAGUAGCAACGAAACAAUUUUUUUCGGUUUUAAACGAUCAGAUAAAAUAAAAAAAUUUAAGUGAAAGUUCAGAGCUCUUCGGUAGUGCGACAUCGAAAAAAAAAUCAUCGUCACCAGUGACAGUGAUAAAAAAUUUUUUAACCGAUAUAUUCAAUUUAACACUUGCGGUUUCAGCAUAAAAGAGAAGAAGUUUUAAAUUGAGUGUGUGUGUGUGUGUGAACUUCAUGACAAAUGAAAAAGUGAACUGUAACACAACAAACGGAACAACAGAAAAAGGAUUUAUGAACCGCUGAUAUAAAAGCGAACAAUAUUUUGGAGAUUUUUUUUUAAAUCGGUGGUCGGUUUAAUUUGUCGUGCUGGAGGAGAAGAGAUAUUGCCCUAGAAGGGUUGAUGAACCCUCUACAGUGUUGUGAACGUGAACAAUUAAAAUAGGACACAAAGCAAAAACAUUGACAGUAACAAAAAGGAGGAACAGAACAGAAAAAAGAACUUGAUAAUUUGUCGUUGGCAAAAAGAAAAUUGAUCCGAGAAUAGAACUUGAAUGAACACUAAUUAUAUAUGUCCUUAUUUUGGUCGUGUAUCUGUGUAUUUUUUGGUGUGUAUAUUUUAUGUUUCAAAGAGAAUAAAUUUAUUUUGUGAUUUGCACCAUAAAGAGUAAAAACAACCACAACAGCAACAAAAACACAAAUCCAAAGAAAUUUAAAGCUAUAUUACGAACGAAUGCAUGAACAUUAGCACACACACAGAAAAUAAGCUGAAUAUAUUUUAGGCACAAAACAUUAUGCACAGUGCACUUGAUACGAGCGUAUUUCAUUAAACUUCAUUCUGCUUCUGGGUUCAAUCUAGUUUUUUUUUCGCGUUGGUUCGUUUGCGCGCAUAAACUUUUGCCACUGAAGAAAACAAAAAUGUAAACGUUAGCAAUUUAAUUUGAACUUGCAAAGAAAAAGAAAAGAAAAACGAAAAAGAGAAAUAAUUUUUUAAAAGAAUUGGAAAGAAACAGCUGAUGAACAUUUGUGCAGUAUACGCCAUAUAAAUCAGGUGAGAAAGUGAAUCGAUAUCAUCAACAUUUUCAGAGACGAAUACAGGUAAAGAAAAAAGUAGGACCCAAAAAGAAACACGCACACACAAAAUCGCAUUCAAUUCAAACAUAAAACAAGCGAAAUACAUCGGUUGGACAUGCGAACACGAUUGGCGUCACUGAUUGUCGUAAAACAAGAGCCGCUAACGAACGAAUAUCUCGAGAGUGAACAAAAUGCACUGAUUGGCCACAGCAAUUACAAUGAAGUAGAUGCACAAUUUUAUGGUCUAUCCGACCGUCAUCGUGACAUUCUGCCAUCAUCCCAAUCAAUUGGCGAUCUUAACAAUAACAACAGCAAUUACGCGCAACCACACGAUUUUAUCGAAGAAAAAAAGUGUGCAUCAUCUCUAAUCGCAGCCGUUUUCGCACAACAGCAACAUCAACAACAACACCAACUACAGCAAACACAAGAAAAUCUAAACGGUGAGGGAGCCUCAAGCAACGAGGCGCCAAUACAGAAAAUUAAAAGCGAACAUUCAUCAUCAAGUAUGCUGCUUCUUCAGCCGCAGACUUUUUCGAGUUCAGUUUCUUCAUUUGAUCCUUUAUCAUCAUCAUCAUCAACAUCACAACCACAAACGCAAGACCAGUUUCAGCAGCAAACAUCACAGGCACAACAAUUUUUCACAGAUUCAUCAGACAUUUUUUCGGAUAUUUUAUUCGGACAACAGCCGUCGGUGCAAACAAAUCAAUUGCAUCCACCACCACCACCGCCACAACAACAAUCGAUUGACUUUAAUUUUUCACAAUCGAAUCGUUUCGUUGAACAUUCCAAUUCGUCGAACGAAACGUUGAUCGGUAACACGGAAAAUUCAUCACAUUUCGGUUCAAACGAUAGCAUACCCAAUUCAUUGGCUCUUCCCUAUUCGCAUCAAUCAAUUCAAUCGCAGCAUUCGAUUGAAGGUGAACAAAAUAAAAAAAUCUACUUCGAUCGUGGUUCAGAGGACUUAAGCCUAUUGACACUUCGAUCGAAUAGUGAUCCAACAAUUGCAUUGCAUAGCUUGCAAAGGGCUCGAUUACAACAGCAACAACAACAACAACAACAACAACAGCAGCAGCAGCAGCAACAACUUGGCGUUGCAUUGACAGAUAUUUCACAAAACGCGCCAGUGCCAUCACAAUCGAAUCAGCCAAACGCUGCUCUAUUGGAAUCAUCACUUCCAAGCUUUCAAGAAACUUAUCCUCAACUUAAAUACAAUCAAUUGGAAGCAUUUGGUAUCAAAAUGGACGAAGAUUGCUAUAUGCCACAAAAUCAUCAAGCCAACAUAAAUUAUCAUCAUGGGCAUCAACAUCAUCAUGUUAUGCAUCAAGAUCAUUUCGAUUAUCAACAAAAUCCUUCCCAAUUUAUGGCACAAAAUUUUUAUCCUACCUAUGAACAGCAACAACAAAUGUACGGUGCGCCGAUGACAUCACAAGAUAGUUUCUCAUUGCCACCAUUUCCAAAUGUCACCGAUCUACAUGCAAAUGCCAAUCAACAUCGUCGAGCAUCGUUACCAUUACAACGUUCUGAAUCAACAUCAAGUACAGAUAGUUCAAAAACGACCCGCUUGAAUAUUCUGAAAUCAAUUCCGAGUGCUUCAAGUUCUGCUUCCAGUUCCCCAAAUUGUAUAACAAACUUAUCAUCGUCGGUUGCAUUGAACAACAAUGAUCCAUCGAUUGUUUCACGUAAUAUAACGACCGUUGUACCGCAACCAUUACCACAAAGUCCGUCACAAUUGUGUGCAGUUUGUGGUGAUACAGCUGCAUGUCAACAUUAUGGUGUACGUACAUGUGAGGGUUGCAAAGGAUUUUUCAAACGAACCGUACAAAAGGGUUCGAAAUACGUGUGCUUGGCUGACAAAUCAUGUCCGGUUGAUAAACGACGACGAAAUCGUUGUCAAUUUUGUCGUUUCCAAAAAUGUCUUACCGUCGGCAUGGUUAAAGAAGUGGUACGAACCGAUUCGCUAAAAGGACGACGCGGACGUUUGCCAUCAAAACCAAAAUCACCACAAGAAUCACCACCAAGUCCGCCAGUUUCAUUGAUCACCGCAUUAGUUCGGGCCCAUGUUGAUACAACACCCGAUUUAACUAAUUUAGAUUAUUCUCAGUAUUGUGAUACGGCUGCCGUUUAUGAUGCAUCGAUGACAGAAGCGGAAAAAAUUAACCAAUUCUAUAAUUUAUUGACCACUUCUGUUGAUGUGAUUAAACAUUUUGCCGAAAAAUUACCGGGAUUCACUGAUCUAUGUGCCGAAGACCAAGAACUUUUAUUCCAAUCAGCCGCACUCGAAUUAUUCGUAUUGCGAAUGUCGUACCGUGCUCAAUAUGAUGAGGCCAAAAUUACAUUCUGCAAUGGGAUCGUUUUGCACAGGGUACAAUGUCAACGGGCAUUCGGCGAAUGGCUUAAUGGCAUCAUGGAAUUCAGCCGCAGUUUGCAUAUGCUUGAAAUUGAUAUUUCGGCAUUUGCAUGUUUGUGCGCAUUGACUCUUGUUACAGAACGUCAUGGAAUCCGUGAGCCGAAAAAGGUCGAACAAUUACAAAUGAAAAUCAUUGGCAGUCUUCGUGAUCAUGUCACAUAUAAUGCGGAAGCACAACGGAAACCACACUAUUUUAGCCAUAUUUUGGGUAAACUACCGGAGCUUCGCUCACUCAGCAUGCAAGGAAUGCAACGAAUUUUCUACUUGAAACUCGAAGAUUUGGCGCCACCACCACCAUUCGUGAAUAAUAUGUUUGUGGCCAGUUUACCAUUCUAAUAUGGAGCUCUCGUAAGCAACUUCAUAAUCGGCUGCAUUUCAAAACCUCCAAUGAAUUUAUUUUUAUUUUCCUUCGAUUUUAAAAUCUUUUUUUAGAAAUAUUCUCCGUUUGUUUAAAUUUCCUUCUGU